AAAUGUCAAUAAACACAACAACGCUAUCAUUACACAACCCCUCUCUCUCUCUCUCUAUAGAAUCCCACUGCUUUGCUUUUCCUCUUCCCUCUGUGCUUUCAUUCAUUCACCUCCUCCCUCUAUCUCUCUCAAAUGGUUUCAGCUACUUCAGUCAUAGCCUGGGGCUCAGGAGAAGAUGGACAACUAGGAAUUGGUAGCAACGAAGAGAAGGAAUGGGCUUGUGUAGUCGAAGCUCUCGAGCCUUACUCUGUUCGCUCUGUAGUCUCCGGUAGCCGUAACUCCCUCGCCAUUUGCGAUGAUGGAACGAUGUUUACAUGGGGCUGGAAUCAAAAAGGAACAUUAGGACACCCACCAGAGACUAAGACUGAAAAUAUCCCUAGUCGUGUUAAGGCUCUUGCCAAUGUCAAGAUCACUCAGGCAGCAAUUGGUGGUUGGCAUUGUUUGGCUGUUGAUGAUCAAGGCCGAGCCUACGCGUGGGGUGGGAAUGAAUAUGGACAGUGCGGUGAAGAGCCUCUAAAAGACGAGAUGGGUAGACCCGUUCGUAGAGAUAUCGUCAUCCCUAAGCGCUGUGCCCCUAAACUCACGGUCCGACAGGUUGCUGCAGGUGGUACUCACUCAGUGGUUCUGACACGUGAUGGUCACGUGUGGACUUGGGGUCAACCCUGGCCUCCCGGUGACAUAAAACAGAUAUUUGUUCCGGUGAGAGUUCAAGGACUUGAGAAUGUGCGUCUUAUCGCUGUUGGUGCGUUUCAUAACCUGGCGCUUGAAGAAGAUGGGAGGCUAAUGGCAUGGGGUAAUAACGAGUAUGGACAACUUGGAACCGGUGAUACUCAGCCAACACCUCAUCCUGUUCCUAUCCAAGGCCUUGAUGGUCUCACUUUGGUUGAUAUUGCUGCGGGUGGAUGGCACUCAACCGCUUUAACCGAUAAAGGAGAGGUGUAUGGAUGGGGAAGAGGAGAACAUGGAAGACUAGGGUUUGGUGACAAUGACAAGAGCAGCAAAAUGGUUCCACAGAAAGUUAAUCUUCUAGCUGAUGAAGUUAUCAUUCAGGUUUCUUGCGGUGGAACACAUUCAGUUGCUUUGACAAGAGAUGGCAGAAUCUUCUCGUUUGGUAGAGGAGAUCAUGGAAGACUUGGUUAUGGAAGGAAAGUAACAACGGGGCAGCCAUUGGAGUUGCCUAUAAAGAUUCCUCCACCUGAAGGAAGCUUGAAUCAUGCUGAUGAAGAAGAAGAAGGGAAAUGGUUAGCUACAUCGAUUGCUUGCGGUGGACGCCACACUCUUGCCAUCGUUGAAUGGAAGUCCGAUGAUAUUUGAUCGUUAUAAUCUCUAUGGUCAACUUACGAAGAGAGGAAACAAAUAUUGAUUCAUAGGAAGAAAGGCAAAAGGAGAGUAUGUUUCUAUAAGGAGAAACACAUGUUUUAUCAUUUCAUAUAACUUUUCCCUAUAAAUAAUCUUUUAGAUUAAAUUAAACUUUGAUUUCCAGGGAUUUUUUUUCAAAUAUAUAAAUUUGAUCAGCCAAUA